GCGCCUAGCCCAAUCAUGAGUAAACCUAAGGAGCCAGCCUGCACCUGGGCCAAUAGCGGGGCGGGGCGGGGCUCCAGCGGGGGCGACAGGUCAUCUGAUCUGCCCGGCCCGGCGUCCGAGGCUGUGGAGGCUGAGCCUGUGAUGGCGGCGACUGUGGCGGUUCGAAUUCAGACCGGGGUGCAGCGGGCUAUGGUUCCUUGUCGCAUGCCAUGGCCACUUCUACUGCUGGCGGCAGUGGCGGUGGCAGCCGCGGCGCCGGAGCAGCAGGUGCCGCUGGUGCUGUGGUCGAGUGACCGGGACCUGUGGGCUCCUGUGGCCGAUACGCACGAGGGCCACAUCACCAGCGACAUGCAGCUUUCUUCCUACUUAGACCCCGCCCUGGAGCUGGGCCCCCGGAAUGUGCUGCUCUUUCUGCAGGACAAGCUUAGCAUUGAGGACUUCACAGCCUAUGGCGGCGUGUUUGGAAAUAAGCAGGAUAGCGCCUUUUCUAACCUGGAGAAUGCCCUGGACCUGGCUCCCUCCUCACUGGUGCUGCCUGCAGUCGACUGGUAUGCAGUCAGCACCCUGACCACCUACCUGCAGGAGAAGCUGGGUGCCAGCCCACUGCACGUGGACCUGGCCACCCUGCGUGAGCUGAAACUCAAUGCCAGCCUCCCCGCUCUGCUGCUCAUCCGCCUGCCCUACACAGCCAGCUCCAGUCUGAUGGCGCCCAGGGAGGUCCUCACGGGCAACGAUGAGGUGAUUGGGCAGGUGCUGAGCACUCUCAAGUCUGAGGACAUCGCCUAUACUGCUGCGUUCACAGCUGUCCGCCCCUCCCGGGUGACUCGAGAUGUAGCGAUGGUGGCUGGGGGGCUAGGUCGCCAGCUGCUCCAAAAACAGGCAGCAUCACUUGUGAUCCAUCCACCUGUGAGUUAUAAUGACACUGCCCCAAGGAUCCUGUUCUGGGCCCAGAAUUUCUCUGUGGAGUACAGAGGCCAUCAGCAAGACCUGACCCACCGCACUUUUGGAUCACCGGAGCUCAACCUCACCGGCUCCUUCUGGAACGACUCCCUGGCUGAACUCUCACUGACCUACAACGGGCUCUUCGAUGCCACAGUGACAUUCAAGUUCAUCCUGGCGAGCCGCUUCUACCCGGUGUCUGCCCGAGAUUGGUUCACCAUGGAGCGCCUUGAAAUCCACAGCAAUGGCUCCAUCACCGCCUUCAAUGCCUCCCAGGUCACAGGGCCCAGCGUCUACUCUUUCCGCUGCGAGUAUGUGAGCAGCAACAGCCAAAUGGGCAGCCUGCUGGUGCCCCACACGCAGCCCUCGCUGUGGCACAUCACCCUUCAGGACUUCCAGAUCCAGGCAUUCAAUGUGACAGGAGAGCAGUUUUCCUAUGCCAGUGACUGCGCGGGUUUCUUCACCCCGGGCAUCUGGAUGGGGCUGCUCACAUCCCUCUUCAUGCUCUUCAUCUUCACGUAUGGGCUCCACAUGAUCCUCAGCCUCAAGACCAUGGAUCGCUUUGAUGACCACAAGGGGCCCACCAUUGCUUUGACCCAGAUCGUGUGACCCGUGCCAGCCGGGGGAUGAGGGGCUGGUGGUGUGUCCCACAGUGGGCCAAUGGGAGGGCUUCCCCUCUUUCUCCCACAGCAUGAACACCCUUCCCAGGCUGUGCUGCUCCCUCUUUAGUCACUGUGGGCUUCCUGGGGUUGUCCCCGUUCCUGCCGACAAGGUGUACAUAUUCUUCAUAGGCAGUAGACCAAUCCCUAGGCUCGGUCAUCAUCACAGGAGAGAAUAUCUGGGGUCCCUUUUCUGUUAUUUAUUCUCAUCUCUACCAUCAUCCCUUGCUGUUCAUAGUGCUUUUGUGUGCAGAUGAUCCAACCCCAGACUGUGGGGCUCCUGGAGUCCCCUGAGUGUGUUUGGGGUGUGGAAGUCCUAGCCCCACUCAGCUGCUGUUCAGUUAUGUGCUAAGGAUACGCAGCAUUUGGGUUUGUUUCCGUGGCCUCAGAGGGAAGGGACCGACUUCCAUGACAGGUGGCUUUCUGGCAUGUUCUUCCCACUAGCGCCUGGUAGGAGUCUGGGGCGCUGUUGUUUCCUUCCAAAUAAAAUAAAACAAGGGUCACCAUG